GUUGAGCCGUGGUUGUUAUGUACUCCUCAUCGUUGACACGUGUGUAUCUGUCAAAGAGACUUUAAUCUGCUGCUGUAUGUUUCAUCUGCUAUAAUGGCUGAUGCGUUCAGUAGCAGCUCGGAGACCGUAAUACAGCGUGUGGUCGAUGUUACGUUUAAGACCCACACCCCUGUGGAGAAACUUGAAGAGUUGUAUCAGAUAAAGGAGACUCUUGACUUCAUCAGCGAAAGACAGUUCAAAAAGGUUGCUCUCCAGUUUCCUGAUGAGCUGCUGGUGGAUUCAGUUGCAGUUGCAGCAGAAAUCGAGAGGAACAGUAAAGCCACUCCGUAUAUUUUAGGAGAUACAUCCUAUGGCAGCUGUUGUGUGGAUGAGGUCGCCGCAGAGCAUGUUGGAGCAGAUUGCAUUGUUCACUACGGUGGCGCCUGCCUCAGCCCCUCCAUGCGGCUGCCACUAAUGUACGUGUUUGAGAGGAGAGAUUUGGAUCUGGAGAAGUGUUCCUCUUCAUUUAAAGAACUUUACCCAGAUACACAGGGUCACAUCAUCAUCCUCUAUGAUGUCAACUAUGUUCAUGCUAUGAAUGAUCUUCACUCCCUUCUCUUGCCUGAGUAUCCAAACCUGGUCCUGUCAGAGCUGGUGGUGGACGGGGAGCAGUGUUACAGCCAUGGCUGGGUUAAAAGACGGCAUGAUGACAGCAGUGCGUCAGAGAGAGAUGACAGUACCGUUAUCUGUCAGUUUGGACGGCGGUUGUCGUUAAAGAGUGGCUCAAGCAUAAAGGAUUACAGCAUGUUUUAUGUGGGACAGGAGGGACCCAUUCUCACUAACUUCAUGAUGACCUGGAAUCGCUGCUCAUUUUCUUCUUUUGACCCUAAAACAAUGACAGGAAGGAGCGAGUCACUGAGUAUAAACCGUGCAUUAAUGAAAAGAUAUUAUGCCAUAGAAAGAGCCAAAGAUGCUAACGUGGUUGGCAUCCUGGUCGGCACACUUGGUGUGAAAGACUAUCUCACCGUCAUCCAGCAGCUGAAGGAGACAAUCCGCCGAGCAGGAAAGAAAAGCUACAUGUUUGCCAUGGGGAAACUCAAUGUGCCCAAACUGGCCAACUUUCUAGAAAUUGACAUUUUUGUGUUGAUUGCAUGUCCUGAGAACUCGCUGCUAGACUCCAGUGAGUUUUAUAAACCUGUGGUUACGCCAUUUGAGAUGGAGGUGGCCUGCAACAAGAACAGAGAGUGGUCAGAGGAAUAUGUCACUGACUUCAGACACCUUCUGCCAGGUGGGCAGAGUCAUGUUCCUUUAGCAGAUCAGCAGGAUGGCGAUGAAGAAACCGAUGUUUCUUUAAUCACUGGAGCUCUACGCAGCAGCAACCUGAUGAUCAGCGAGCCUACAGAAUCGUCGUUUGGCUCCUCUGUCGUCCUCAGGAAUCAGACUCUGACCGUGGCCAACACCAGUUCAGCUGCCUCUUUUCUGGCAGAGCGAAGCUGGCGGGGUCUGGAGCAGAAGUUGGGGGAGACUCCUGUGGUGAAGGCAGUGAAGGGGAGGAGAGGCAUCGCCAUCGCGUACGAAGAGGAGGGAUCAUGAUUUAACACUGAUACCAAACUGAGUAUUUAAUAAUGUUUAUCUGCAUUUGCUUCUUUUAAAUGUAUGCUCCCGGUAAUUGCUGUAAGACACGAGUAAUGACUGAUUUUGUCUCUUAAGCGUACAAUGAAACCUGCAAUUCUGUUUAAAUAUUGUAAUCUGUCUAAAGAUGGAUGAAGAAAAUAAAAAUGACUUUAUUUUGAUA